CCCACUGGACUGAUUAGCCGCCAUAGCUCGCCGAAGCCAUUAAUUACGGUUACACUUUCCGUUUGGCUAAAACCCUAAACCCUACUCCGAUUUUCUCUUCAUUCUCCCUUCAAUGGCGAUAGAUAGUGGAAGCAAUGAACAGUCGCAUAAGGUUCAUAGGUCUAGACAAUCUGGUUCUUCGGCCAAGAAGAAGAAGGCCAAAUCCGGAAAGAAGAAGGGCGACAAUUUCGAAAACGAUAAGCAGCAAAACCCUAAGGCAUUCGCUUUCAAUUCAUCUGCAAAAGCCAAGCGUUUGCAAGCGCGUUCCGUGGAAAAAGAGCAGCGUAGGCUUCAUGUCCCGAGCAUUAAUCGGUCCUAUGGCGAACCACCUCCAUACGUUGUUCUCGUGCAUGGACCUCCCAAGGUUGGGAAGUCUCUUUUAAUAAAGUCGCUUGUAAAGCAUUAUACCAAACAUAAUUUAGAUGAAGUUCGGGGACCGAUUACCGUAGUAUCAGGUAAGAAAAGGCGGUUGCAGUUUGUGGAGUGCCCAAAUGAUAUAAACGGCAUGAUUGAUGCAGCAAAAUAUGCAGAUUUGGCAUUGCUUCUUAUAGAUGGAAGUUAUGGUUUUGAAAUGGAAACCUUUGAAUUCCUCAAUAUAUUGCAAGUUCAUGGUUUCCCCAAGGUUAUGGGAGUCCUUACCCACCUUGAUCAGUUCAAAGAUGCAAAAAAGUUAAGGAAGACAAAGCAGCGUCUAAAACAUCGUUUUUGGACUGAAAUAUAUGAUGGAGCUAAAUUGUUUUAUUUAUCUGGUCUUAUUCAUGGACAGUACCCCAAACGUGAAAUUCACAACCUUUCACGGUUCAUAUCUGUCGAGAAGUUUCGUCCAUUGUCUUGGCGAACAGCUCAUCCUUAUGUCUUUGUAGAUCGUUUUGAAGAUGUCACUCCUCCUCAAAGAGUGCAAAUGGAUAAUAAAUGUGGCAGAAAUAUCAUACUUUAUGGUUAUUUGAGAGGCUGUAACUUGAAAAAGGGAACCAAGGUGCAUAUUGCUGGGGUGGGUGAUUACAGUUUGGCUGGCGUCACAGUCUUAGCUGAUCCAUGUCCUUUACCAUCAGCUGCCAAAAAGAAGGGAUUGCGUGAUAAGGAAAAGUUGUUUUAUGGACCCAUGUCUGACCGUGGGGUCAUGUAUGACAAGGAUGGUUAUUAUAUAAACAUAAAUAAGCACUUUGUCCAGUAUUCAGAAGUUGAUGAUGAAAAUGGAGGAGCAACGCAAAAAGGAGGUCGCCAUGAUGUGGGUGAGGUCUUAGUAAAGUCACUGCAGAACACAAAAUAUUCUAUCGAUGAAAAGUUAGAAAAGAGUUUUAUUUCUCUUUUUGGCCGGAAGCCUAAUAUGUUAUCAGGAGCUCGGAUUGAUGCAAAUUAUAGUCAAGAAGCUGAUGAACAGAAUCGAAAAAUAGAGUCUGUUGAGCAAUAUCAGUCCAGGAAAUCAUUGGAAGAUGAUGUGUCUAUUGAAGAGAAUGAUUCUAAGGAUCUUGAUAGCUUGGCAUCUUCGGAUGAAGAUGAUACUGGUCAAAAAGAUGAUGUGUCUGAUACAGAGAAUGAUGAUGCAUUAGAAGAACAAGCAACACUUAAAAGUCACUUGAAAGAACAUGUUGAACUUCAUGAUGGAAGGCUAAGGAGAAAGGCGGUCUUUGGAAAUGACAAUGAUGAUAAUAAUAUAAAGGAUUUAGAUGAAGAGGAAGACAAUGAUGAUGAUGAUGAUGAUGAUGCAGACAAUCAGACAUCUUCUGGUUCAGAUUCUUCCUUGGAAGAUGGAGAGGAUUAUGAAACAGAAGAGGAGAUGGGAAACAUUUCAAAGUGGAAAGAAUCUUUGUCAAAAAGGACUGCCUCAAGACAAACUACUAACCUCAUGCAACUUGUAUACGGUAACUCUACAUUGAUGAAAGCUACUUCAAUUGAUGAAGAAGAUAGCAGCGGUAGUAGCGGGGAGGAAGAAAGUGAUGGUGAUGACUUUUUUAGGCCAAAAGGAGAAGGGAACAAGAAACUUAGAGAAGGAUUAGAUGAUGGAAAUUUGAAUGUUGAGGACUGUUCCAAAUUCACGAGUUACACAAAUCUCAAGGACUGGAAAGAGGAAAAGCUUAUUGAGAAUAUCCGUGACCGUUUUGUCACUGGUGACUGGACAAAAGCUGCUCAAAGAAAUCAGUCUGCAGGGAUUCAUGCAGAUGAUGACGAUGAGGUAUAUGGUGACUUUGAAGAUUUAGAAACAGGAGAGAAGCGUAAUGGGAACGAGACAGAUAAGGCUGCCAAGGCUGCAGACCGCAAUGAAGAUGAUAUGGCAGUUGAGGAGCGGAGGCGAAAUAAGCUUGCACUCCGUAAAAAGUUUGAUGCUGAAGAUGAUGGGUCUGAAUUCCCUGAGGAGGAGGAGGAGGAACUUGAUUCUAAAAGUGGAGGCAAGAUUCCCUGGGAUCAAUCUAAAGAAGGCGGAUAUUUUGACAAGUUGAAGGAGGAUAUUGAAAUCAGGAAACAGAUGAAUAUAGCUGAACUCGAUGAACUUGACGAGGCUACUCGAUUAGAAAUCGAGGGAUUUCAAACAGGGACCUACCUCCGAUUGGAAUUUCAUGAUGUACCUUCUGAGAUGGCUGAGCACUUUGAUGCCUGCCAUCCUGUUUUGGUUGGUGGAAUUGGUCUUGGGGAAGAAAAUGUCGGCUUUAUGCAGACCAGGUUAAAGCGACACAGAUGGCACAAGAAAGUACUGAAAACAAGAGACCCUGUCAUUGUUUCUAUAGGGUGGCGCCGCUACCAGACCAUACCUGUUUAUGCCAUUGAAGAUCGUAAUGGAAGGCAUCGCAUGCUUAAGUACACUCCUGAGCACAUGCAUUGCCUCGCAAUGUUCUGGGGCCCUCUUGCCCCUCCCAAUACUGGGGUGGUUGCUAUCCAGAAUUUGUCAAACAAUCAGGCAACGUUUAGAAUCACAGCAACUGCAGUUGUGCUAGAGUUCAACCAUGCAUCACGGAUAGUGAAAAAGCUCAAGCUAGUAGGUUAUCCCACUAAGAUCUUUAAGAAAACGGCACUUAUAAAGGAUAUGUUUACUUCAGAUCUUGAAAUAGCUCGGUUUGAAGGCGCUGCUGUUCAAACUGUUAGUGGGAUUCGAGGGCAGGUGAAGAAGGCUGCAAAGGAAGAGAUUGGUAACCAACCGAAUAAGAAGGGAGGACAACCAAAGGAAGGGAUUGUGAGGUGCACUUUUGAGGACAAAAUUAAGAUGAGUGACAUUGUUUUCUUGAAGGCUUGGAUUCAAGUUGAAGUUCCUAAAUUUUACAACCGAUUGACAACUGCCUUGCAACCUCGGGAUCAAACCUGGCAAGGAAUGAAAACUGUUGCUGAGUUGAGGAGAGAACACAAUCAACCGAUUCCUGUUAACAAAGACUCACUCUACAAGCCAAUUGAAAGGAAGCCAAAGAAGUUCAAUCCACUGGUGAUACCUAAGUCGUUACAGGCAGCUCUCCCGUUUGCAUCAAAGCCUAAAGAUACACCCAGUCGAAAAAGGCCUCUUUUUGAGAAUAGAAGAGCUGUUGUAAUGGAGCCUCACCAGCGAAAAGUUCAUGCAUUAGUUCAACACCUCCGAUUGAUUCGAAAUGAGAAGACAAAGAAGCGAAAGAUUAAGGAAGAAAAGAAAAAGAAAGAACUUGAAGCUAAAAAAGCAAAAGAGGAGCUGAUAACCAAAAAGCGUCGGAGGGAAGAAAGGCGUGAAAGAUAUCGUGAACAAGAAAAACAGAAGAAGAAAACUAGGAGAAAAAUUGAAUGAUGCAAGUCCUAAUGGGGUUACUCUAGAGCCUUCUCAUUAAACAUUUUUCCAGUCAUGGGGAGCUUUUGAGUACCUGGGAACCAAUAGGUGCCUGGAAAAUGCUCAUAGUUAUUAUUAUUUUCUCGGCGUGAAUUCUGGUACACAUGUAUAACCUUGGACAUUAUUGUUUUCGAAUGCUGCAACAGACACAUGAUAGGUUCUGGAAUUUCGUUGAGCAUGAUAAAAUAUAUGUAAUUUUAUUAAAUAUAAUUUAAGAAAUGUAUUUCGUUGGGCA